UGUUAAUCAGCUCCUCGACCACAAAGCACACUAUACAAAGAUAUUGCAGUGACUUUCGCUAUCACUAAAAAGUGAAGACAACCAAUUGCUGAAGGCUUGCCUUGACACUAACUAUGGACUAUUGGAGUGCCUUGGAGGUGUACAAGGAGAUGCUGUUGCUCUACCUGGAGGAAGGCAGGCGGCUUGUGAACACCAACUGUGAGGCGCUGGAACCAUGGCAGAUCAUUGGAGCCACUCUCAUAUCUACCUUAGGAGCAGUCUGGGUCAAAGGCUUCCUGUUUCAGCAAGAAACCCUGACAUCCCGAAUCAAGAAGCAGUGCUUUCGACUCAUCAGAAAAAUACCCUUUGUUGGCGCGGCAAUCCAGACCCAGCUGAACAAGGCCCUGGAUGACAUGUCUGUCAGUCUUUGCGCACUGAAGGAGGGCAUGAACUAUACCAAACAGCUGCCGGAACAAGGGCUAACACAAGCUGAAGUUCUAGACAGGAUCAGCGAGUACGAAACACUGAAUGAAGUGGAUUGGGAGAAAGGACGAGUGUCAGGUGCAGUGUACUGGGGAGAUCAGACACUUACCAAACUUUUGGUGAAGGUGUAUGGAGACUUUGCAUGGAGCAACCCACUUCACCCAGACAUCUUUCCUGGUGUGAGGAAGAUGGAGGCAGAGGUUGUAAGAAUGACGUGUACCCUCUUCAACGGUGGGCCCAACACUUGUGGCACAGUCACCUCUGGAGGAACUGAAAGCAUAUUGAUGGCAUGCAAGGCGUACAGAGACAUGGCCUAUGAGCGCGGUGUGAAACAUCCUGAAAUCAUUGCACCAGUCAGUGUCCAUGCAGCCUUUGACAAAGCAGCAAACUACUUUGGAAUGAAGCUUGUUCACAUCCCCCUGGACAAAAAUACAAUGAAAGUGGAUGUUAAGGCGAUGAGGAGAGCUAUCAGCAAGAACACAGCCAUGCUUGUAUGUUCCGCACCCCAGUUCCCGCAUGGAAUCAUUGAUCCUAUUGAGGAAGUAGGAAAGCUGGCUUUAAAGUACAACCUCCCUCUGCAUGUGGAUGCUUGUUUGGGAGGGUUUCUCAUCGUGUUCAUGGCCAAAGCCAAUUACCCACUGGCUCCCUUUGACUUCAGGGUAAAGGGUGUGACCAGUAUAUCUGCAGACACACACAAGUAUGGCUACGCCCCCAAAGGUUCAUCAGUGAUCCUGUAUAGUGACAAGAAGUACAGGCACUACCAGUACUUUGUGGCUCCAGACUGGCAAGGGGGCAUCUAUGCUUCACCAUCAGUGGCAGGAUCUCGGCCAGGCGGUAUCAUCGCAGCGUGCUGGGCUACCAUGAUGCACAUGGGAGAGGAUGGCUACAUAAAGGCCACCAAGAAGAUAAUUGACACUGCACGUACCAUCAAGACAGAAAUCCGUAAGAUAAAUGGGGUGUUUGUGUUUGGAGACCCUGAAGUGUCCGUGGUGGCAAUAGGCUCUGACGUCUUCGACAUUUUUCGUUUAUCCAACGCACUGACUUCAAAGGGUUGGAAUCUCAACACGCUACAAUAUCCAUCCAGCAUCCAUAUCUGUUGUACUGUACUGCACACACAUGAAGGUGUGGCCAAACAGUUCAUCAGUGACAUCAAAGAGCAGGUGGCUCUCAUUUUGAAAAACCCCAAUGAGAAGACCACUGGAAUGGGAGCAAUCUAUGGCAUGGCCCAGUCCAUCCCUGACAGAUCCAUGGUGACCGAGAUCUCCCGAGGCUUCUUGGACUGCCUCUACAGCACAGAGGAGCCCAAGUCGUCUCAGCCUCAGAAGACCCAUAUGAAUGGCAACGGCAAGGCCCACUGAGUCAGGAGUAGGCUGGCUGUGGCCUGGACACACACCUGGGUCAUGUUCAUUAGGGAACAUAAUGGUAAGCGUUGUAAAACGUUUUGCAACGGAAAAUGAAAAGGAGCGUUUACUGGAUAAGCUCAAGUCCAUUUUCUUCAGGUCAGUGACUAAUGAACACGGCCCUGGGUACCAGCCUGCCUCACCUCUGGUCCACCCACUACAUCACUCAACAUUUGCCUUAUCCUGCCCACCUUUUAUCUAUCUACUCACCUUUUUUCAGAUAUGUUCUGAAGCACAAGCCAUUGUUUUUAGCUAUCAUGAGGAGAAUUCUUCAAAUAUGUAGAAAGUGAAAGCACCUAUUGUAAAAAAUAUAUAGAAUAGUUGCUCAAACCAUUGAGGGGUUUUGGUCUGGUUGUAUUAAUUGUCCCCCACGAUGAAAUCAGGGAUGGGACUAUUGAUCUGUCUCUGUCCAUUAGUACAUUCAUACGUUAGUCACACGCGAUAUCUCAGACAGCACUGGCCCGAUUUUGACGAAACUUGUGUGAAUGAUGCGUCUACCGUGAUAAAAAACACUUAAUGCUACUCUUCUGACACCGAAUGAGCGAUCUGCAUGAAACUUAAUAUGUGACAUCAUUGAACAAAGGUCUCUCAGCGCAAUAUUUUACAGACUAGUAGCUAAAACAUGGCCACUAUUGAGUCUAGCUAACCCACACAAUAUUUUGAUGAAACUUGGGGGAAUUAUGUCUUUUAGAAAAGUUUGUGGUCAUACGCACAUCCUUAAAAACGUAGGUGCUGGGCUAAUAAAUAAUAUGUGUAAAGAACAGGAAAGCCUGCACACUGUUAAAGCUCUCAAACAGACUGAGUGCUCGCUCACAUCGCAAAAUAUACACAUUUCACCUCCCAUGACCAUUGCACACAUGACGCAUGGUGGGUGUGGAAACAAUUCAAUUCACUUUUGCGCAUAGUCAAUCAUAUAAUUAAUCGCAGAGGUACUCAUAGUCAUAAAGGAUUACAUGCAUACAAAUUAAAACGUAGGCAACAGUGAAAAGAUUACGUUGGAAACUGUUGGAAUACCCAACCAUAUGACCAUUACGCGCAGGUCGUGCGGUGGCCGUAGAUAUAAUUACAAUGACCUAUUUCAAAAACAACUUGCCUACCUCUAAUAAUUUGAUAUCAUUGAGAUGGUCACAUGUAGUAGUUACAGAAAAUCAAAUGUAUACAUAUGUACAAAAUGACCAAGUGGAGACCUGGAUGGCAAGACAAAUUGAACGUUAACAUAUUCAUGUAAGAAAUGGUCUGCUAUCAAACUCUUGGUUCAAACCUUUAGGAGACAUGGUGGACAAACGGUGAAUCCAAUACAAUUCUCUUCUCAGUAAUAGAUUAUCAAUAUCUCCCCCGCUCCUAGUAGCCUUAACAUGUUCGAUACCAAUGUAUCCCAGAGAUCUGAUGUUGUGACGAGCCUCCAUGAAAUGCACAGCCACAGGGUUUCUCUGAUCAAGAGACCUAAUAUUACUCCUGUAAAAAUACACUUUAUCAGGUAUACCACAUUUGUAGAACACGUAAUGAUACCCUUCAUCUCAAUGGCCUUGUCUGUGAUUGGGUAAUUGAACAUUGUGCAUUUGUAAACCUGGUUUAAGCAUUCAUGACAUUACCCUGAAGAAGGCAGUGAUGCCAAAACAUUGGUGUUUUUUUUAGGGAGUGUGAGACUUUGUUUUGAUAGUGACGAGCCUCCGUGAAAUGUGCAGCCACGGGGUUUCUCUGAUCAAGGGUCCUGAUAUUACUCCUGUGUUCUGCUGUCCUUGUUUUCAGAGAUCGUUUUGUUUUUCCUACAUAGCAUAGACCACAAAUACACUUAAUCAGGUAUACCACAUUAGUAGAACAGGUAAUGAUACCCUUAAUCUUAAUGGGGUGAUUGAAAAUUGUGCAUUUGUUAGUGAAAUUACAGUGGAUACAUCGGCCACAUAUUUAAUUACCAUCCAGCACAUUGUCUAGGAAAGUACUACGUGACACACGGUGGAAGAUCAGACCUCACCACCAUUUGGCUGAUUUUUGGAGGCGCAUCUGAAGACUACCCGGGAGGGUUCUUUUCCAGUUGUGGGUCAGUGCUCAACAUGUGGAUUUUUUUAUUUAAAAAAAUAUAUAUAUUGUUGAACUGUUUGUCAAGUGGGGAAUAUUGAAGGAAGAAUUGGACUCGUUAGUCGGGGGCGGGAUGGUUUGGGAGUGAGUGUCAUCCUGGGUCAUAUUUUUGUAACGGUACCAUGCAGCAUGCAGCCAUUCCUCUGGGUUACCUUGCUGUCUGAAGUGCUCAUCCAGACCGUGUGCUUGUUUGUCAUAAUCACUCUGUGUACUACAGAUCCUGUGUAUGCGACUGUACAGCAUUGCGAAAGUAUUCACCCCCCGUGGCAUUUUUCCUAUUUGUUGCCUUACAACCUGGAAUUUAAAAAAUUCUGGGGGGGGGUGUUUGUAUAAUUUGA